AUGCUGCUUUUAAGGUCAACGGCAAGCUACUUAGGAGGGGAGCCUGCCGUAGUUGUAGAACCUCCACAUUUACACGUUCCUGUAGAGCCUCCACACAUUCACGUUCCCGUAGCACAUGCUCAUUUCGCUCCGAUACCUCCUAUCGUACCAUUCACUCAAGUUGCUCCGGUGGCAUCGUUGCCUGCUAUUCCUGUGGCUUCCGCUCUGGACCAUCACACAGUAAGCACUCAAAACCACAUCAUACAUUUGUUUUCAAAGGGAUCAAUCAAUACACUAAGGAACUAAUA